AAUAGAAAAAGAAAAAUAAAAACCCAAAAAAGAAAAAAACAAAAAAAAAAAAAAAAAACAAAGAAGAGAGAGAGAGAGAGAGGCUCCUGUUCCUUUUUUCUAUACAAAGGAUGGCUGGCAGCAAAUCCUUUUGCGGUUACCUCGUCUCUCCAAUCUCACAAAUUCCCUUCCCUGAUGAGUGGCCCAUCCUGAGAUUCGAUCCCUGCCAUUGAAUUUUCCUCAUCAUCCACAAUGGGUUGCAUUACGUCCAAGCAGGCAGUCUCCGUCACCCCGGCCUUCGACUACUCCGGAGCUUUCCGUGAUGAUGGUUCCGGCAUUUUAGCUUCCUCCCUCCGCAACCGUACUGAGCAGAAGAAGAAUGCCGACGCUUCCGUCGCCGCCUGCGGACCUGCCCUUUUGGGUGAAUCUGGGAGGGGAAGCUCAAACAGCGAUUCCAUCAGCGUCAGGCUUGGCAAUUUGCACAAGUACAUUGAAGGGGAGCAGGUCGCUGCCGGCUGGCCCGCCUGGCUUAGUGCUGCUGCCGGUGAGGCCAUUCAGGGAUGGGUCCCACUUAAGGCCGAUUCGUAUGAGAAAUUGGAGAAGAUUGGACAAGGCACGUACAGCAGUGUCUUCCGUGCACGUGACCUCGACACAGGAAAGAUAGUUGCCCUGAAAAAGGUGCGCUUUGACAACUUUGAUCCUGAGAGCGUAAGGUUCAUGGCACGAGAAAUACAGAUUCUCCGCAGGCUCGACCAUCCGAAUGUUAUAAAGUUGGAGGGGUUGAUUACUUCUCGAUUAUCAUGUAGCAUAUACCUUGUAUUCGAGUACAUGGAACAUGAUCUUGCAGGAUUGUCAUCUUGUCCAGACAUCAGUUUCGGUGAAUCGCAGGUUAAGUGCUAUAUGCACCAAUUAUUAUCUGGGCUCGAGCACUGCCACUCACGUGGUGUCAUACAUCGUGACAUCAAGGGAUCAAAUCUUCUAGUCAACAAUUCAGGAAUUCUGAAAAUAGCUGACUUUGGUCUCGCAAAUUUCUUUAAUCCUGGGCAGAGGCAACUACUAACUAGUCGUGUCGUCACUCUCUGGUACCGUCCACCUGAGCUUUUGUUAGGUUCAACAGACUACGGAGCAUCGGUCGAUUUAUGGAGCGUUGGUUGUGUAUUUGCUGAAAUGCAUCUUGGGAAGCCUAUCCUGCAAGGGAGAACUGAGGUUGAACAAUUGCACAAAAUCUUCAAGCUCUGUGGUUCACCCCCGGAUGAUUAUUGGAAAAAGUCCCGGUUGCCUCAUGCAACCAUUUUCAAACCCCAGCAGCCUUACGAGAGUUGCCUUCAAGAAACUUGCAAAGGCUUCCCAGCAACUGCGUUGAAUUUAAUAGAAACUUUUCUUUCCGUGGAACCUUACAAGCGUGGCUCUGCAUCGUCUGCUCUUGCAUCUGAGUACUUCUCGACAAAGCCUUAUGCAUGCGACCCAUCAACUUUGCCAACGUAUCCGCCUAACAAGGAGAUCGACGCAAAAAGUCGUGAGGAUGCACGUAGGAAAAGAGCUGCAGGUAGAGUACGUGGAUCUGAGGCAACAAGAAGACCAGCUAGAACAUCCAAAACUUCACGAGAACCAAAUGGCCAUGGAAGAUUGUCUGCAGCUGCUCAGGAGCCUGAUGUCUGUGUUGAUGAAGUCCAUAAGGACGAUGGUGCAAAGCUAAAUCUUCCUGCAGAAGAUGGUAAUGAUAGAUUAUGUGUUGAUCCGCAGAAGCUAGCAAUUAAUGCCCGAGAAGAGGCUUCCCAUGUGAAGAAUGCCUCUCAAGGGGACAUCCCUUUCUCAGGCCCAUUACACGUUAGUGCCUCUAGUGGCUUUGCAUGGGCGAAGAAACGAAGAGAUGACAAUGCAUCCUUAAGAUCGCAUAGUAGAUCUAGUUCAAGAGGUUUGAUUUCCGGUGCAUUGGACCCAUCAAGCACCUUGCAAGCGAGAAAUACUUCAGACUCAAAGAGGCAAUCAAACGGAGAUGUUUUACACAAUGCCUGUGCUGAUUCAUAUGAAAUUACUAAGCAUGCAAUGCUGAAACAGUGGAGCCAGUUGGAACGUCCUGACUCAUUUGAUGCCUCUGAUGAUUACCAUUCCCAGGAGCUGUCAGCAGCACUUUACCAAAGAGAUGGAAUGCCAGCUAGGCGAAAUAUUCUGGGUUUCCAGGAUCAAGGAGAGAGGGUCGAGUUCUCAGGGCCCUUAUUGUCUCAGUCAAAUAAAGUGGAUGAGCUAUUAGAAAGGCAUGAACGCCACAUCCGCCAAGCGGUUCGUAGAUCAUGGUUCCAAAGAGGGAGAAAGCACAGUAAGUAGUGUUGGGAUGAAUGCUUGAAGAAACUGAAGAGAAGCUAUGAAGGAUACCAAGAAAGAAUGAUUUCUACAGCUAAGGUACAUUUAGGUUAGGUUGGGAUGCUCAAGUGAGAGCUGAAUUGCACUUGGUUCAGUUCAUUUCAGAGGAAAACUAAGUUGGCAUGGCACCAUUUCAACACAUAAUAACAACUAAGCAUCUAAAUUGCAAUUCUGUGUUUCAAGUUGGACCUGAAAUGAUGUUAAUUUCAAUUCAGGUCGUGCUAGCCUACUUUCAGUCACUCUUGAAUGUAUUGAAUUGCAAUUCAAUUCAGUUGAGAAUCCAAACACAACCUUAAGGAUAUACCAUAUCACAAUUCCUCCCCGUUGUAGAGAAUCAAACCCCCAAGUGAAUCAUGUCACCCCAUCAAUGGUAAAAAAAGAAAAGAAAGAUAGGUUGCUAAGAAGAAUCUGAUGAAUGAUUAGUGGGGGAAAUUACCAGUUUGAUUGGUGACCAAUGAAGUUGGUUGAUUAUAACAUGCCAGCUUUGAGUGAUGGAGAAUCAGAAGAAGGCGACAAGGACAUGACAAAUAAUCCACCAUUCUUGGUUAACUAGUUCAAGCGGCGUUACAUGAAUAGAAGAGAGGCAGUCAGGACUUUGCUGUUGGAUUCUCUGAAACUGUUGAGAGGUGGGUGGUGUGCUCUGCUCUUCUUCAAACAUGGGAAAGCAAGGCCAAACUUGUAUGGGUGUCACCAUGAAAAGUACUGUUUUGGGUGAUUGAGCGUUCCACGACUUCAGCAUUUGUCGAGGCUCCCAGGCAUGUACAGAUAACCAGGUGUUUCGGUUUGCUGAUAUUAUUAAUUGCUCAGAGGCUUGGUUUUACUCCA